CAUACUCGAGCGUACCACUUGAUCACUAAUCUUACUAGUGCAGCACACGCGCGCCGGCUGAUGUGGCUGAACUUUAUAGACUGUCCACACAAAAAUAGAACAAGAAAAAGUCGCCGGCGUAAAACGCACUCAGUUGAUCUCUAUAAAGCAUUGUAACACAACAGUGCAGAGUUGUUGGGCUCUGCACCGCCGCUACGUGUCCUCCAUCAACAGCCUUCCUUCAUUGGCCACAAUCACCGGUGCACUUCGGUUGAUGGGCCAUGGCCGAACCAUCGGUACCGGAAACUGGAUUGAGAGGGAAGAAGAUGUGGAGAAUGAUCUUUGCUGUUUCUGGAAUUAUGACUACUCUUGUCAUUUACGGUCUAUUACAGGAGAAGAUAAUGAGAGUCCCUUAUGGGGUAAACAGGGAGUAUUUUAGGUACUCACUAUUUCUUGUUUUCUGCAACCGCCUUACAACAUCAGCUGUCUCUGCUGGGUCUUUGUUGGCAAGUAAAAAAGCGUUGAAUCCUGUUGCUCCAGUUUAUAAGUAUUGUCUCGUAUCUGUCUCAAACAUUCUAACCACAACGUGUCAGUAUGAGGCCCUCAAGUAUGUAAGCUUCCCAGUUCAAACGCUUGCAAAGUGCGCUAAAAUGAUACCUGUUAUGAUUUGGGGGACUAUCAUCAUGCAAAAGAGAUACAAGGGACCUGACUAUUUGUUUGCUUUUCUAGUGACACUGGGUUGUUCAGUAUUUAUAUUAUUCCCGGCUGGAUCAGACAUUAGUCCAUACAACAGAGGGAGGGAAAACACUGUAUGGGGUGUUUCCUUGAUGAUCAGCUAUCUUGGGUUUGAUGGCUUUACAAGCACAUUUCAAGAUAAGUUAUUCAAAGGCUAUGAUAUGGAAAUACACAAUCAAAUAUUCUACACAGCAUUUUGUUCUUGUGUUCUCAGCUUCACAGGUGAGUUCCCUGUAUAUCUUAAAUCUAAUAAAACCGUUGUGGUUAAAAAUCUUGCAUUUGGUGUUCUUGGUAGUAUGAUGGUUCUUGAGUCAGUGCUUGCUUCUGCCAGUGUUGGUUUUGGGCAGAUAUGUUAGUAUUUUUUUUAUUUUAUUUUUUGG